UUAGUUCAUCAGUUUAUGAGUGCCAGCCGUGGUGGAAUGACGUGUUGUGUUGUUUCGUUCGUCGUCUUAUUUUUGGCUUGAGUUGUGAGUGUACAAACAGUAUAUCGUUUUGUGUGUCCGCGCUUUGUGUGUGUGUUUCUUACUACUGUUGCCUUAUUUGCUUCCAAACGGGAAAUAGAUCCACAAAUAGGUGCAUCGAAUAUUGAAAUUUUGAUCGUUCAUAAGUCGUACUCACCCGGAAAGUGCAUGAAUUUACCCUGGUUCUACUGAGCUGAUCGAUCCUGAACCCGCUGGUGCAGAGUAGGUGUUUCGGGAGAUUGUGCUUUGAAGGUGCGGUGACCUUAAAACAGUGAAUGAUGUAAGCGAAUCUCGCAUACAUACUUCUGAGAAUUAUUAAUAAAAGCAAGAAAAACAUCCCAUCGGAAGAAGCUUAACAGUGUAGUGUCUCAAUCGGAUAAAGUGUUUCAUUCUCUGCAUAUCGUUGUUAGAUCAAAGUAAAGGUGCCGUAUAGUUUCGAGACGUCAAAGGAUAUACUGCGGACUGUCUAGAAAAAUAGAAAACUCGGAAAGCGAUGAUACACGUAGGAGAUAAUACAUGGAACCUGCGGGUCUACAUUACGGACCUGCAGGUUGAGAAAACUCUUCGGGUGCGAGGCGACCUGCACAUUGGCGGUGUUAUGCUGAGGCUGGUCGAUCCAGAAAACCCGAAAGAUUGGUCCGACCACGCACUCUGGUGGCCAGCGAGGAACAUGUGGCUGACCAGAACAAAAUCCACACUCGAUCAGGUGGGACUGCAUGCGGACGCCCUGUUGCACUUCACGCCCAUGCACAAAACACUCCGAGUACAGAUGCCAGAUUUGCGAUACCUAGACUGUCGAGUUGAUUUCUCCAUCAAGACGUUCGGUGCGGUGGUGGCGCUGUGCAAAGAUCUCGGCAUUCGACACCCGGAGGAGCUGUCCCUGUGUAAACCACUGGAGCCGGGCCACUUGAAGAAAAAUUAUUCCGAAUGGCCAAAAAAGAAAAUCCCGAUCGAGCAGAAUGGCAACGGGCGUGAGUUCGUGCAUCCGGCCCCCGAUACAAACACUUUCAUACCGGCCACCGCAGCCAACUUUCACGGCAGCAACGGUAGCCUAGAUGGCCCGACAAACGGUGGUCCAUUUUCCUGUGCACCGGUACAGCAUCCACACUACACAACGACUAGGCCUACGCUGCAAAGCACUCCGAUCAGUUCUCCCACAGGGACUUUAAGGCACAAUUACACUAACGGUCACACUUCAUUCAAUGAAUCAUCCUCCAGUUUGGGUGACGCGAUCGACAAUCUAGCCUACAGUCCUUGUGCGCCGAGCCCGGAAGCAAGGUCGCGGCUUGUCAAGCCGAAAACACUGAUCGAGCGGGCCCGCAUGAACGUUGGCUGGCUCGAUUCGUCGCUGUCGAUAAUGGAGCAGGGCAUUCGCGAGUUCGACACACUUUGCCUGCGCUUCAAGUAUUACACCUUUUUCGAUCUGAACCCCAAGUAUGAUCAGGUGCGCAUUAAUCAGCUGUACGAGCAAGCCAAGUGGCAGCUGCUGAACGAAGAAAUCGAAUGUACGGAGGAGGAAAUGCUGAUGUUCGGUGCGCUGCAGUUCCAGGUGAACCUGCAGAAUGAGGUGCCCCAGCCGGACUCGGGCAUUGACACAUCCAGCCUGGACAAUGGAGCGGACGACGACGUGGAUGCAGCAUUGCGCGAGCUGCAGAUAACACUCGAAGGGCCAAACAAUGGACACAACGCGGGCGAUAUCACACAUAUACCCGAGCUGACGGACUAUCUACGAUUUUUGAAGCCGAAAAAAUUCACUUUAAAAGGAUACAAACGAUACUGGUUCACCUACAAGGACUUGCAUUUACAUCUGUACAAAAGUCGGGAUGACGCCCGGUCCAACAAUCCGCCCCAGGUUACUAUUAAUCUUCGUGGCUGCGAAGUGACACCGGAGGUAAACUUGUCGCAGAACAAAUUCAACAUCAAGCUAGAGGUGCCUCUCGAGCAGAACACGAACAGUGAAAUGUGGAUCCGCUGCGACAGCGAGGAUCAGUACGCGAAAUGGAUGGCCGCCUGUCGGCUAGCGUCGAAAGGGCGCUCCCUGGCGGACAGUUCGUACGACAGCGAAGUGUCCAGCAUUAAGUCGUUCCUGAGCAUGCAGAAGCCGGCCCAAGUGACGGCGGUUGCGAUCAAUCCAAACAACAUCGACCCGAACGAAUAUCUCUCGCCGCGGUACGCCAAAAAGCUGAAAAAUAAGGGCGUCAUGCGGAUGCUGGAGGCACACGCUAACGUUAAGGAUCUCGGGCUGAUCGACGCCAAGUUGAACUACAUUCGGGCAUGGCAAAGCUUACCAGAGUUUGGAGUCACACUGUUCGUGAUCAAGUUCGAUGGACACAAGAAGGAGGAGUUGCUGGGUGUGGCUAGCAAUCGCAUCAUGAAGAUGGAUAUCAAUACCGGCGAUCAUCUGAAGACAUGGCGCUACAAUACUAUGAAGGCAUGGAACGUCAAUUGGGAGAUCAAGUGCAUGAUGAUACAGCUCCAGGGUGAGAGUGUAAUAUUCUCCUCACUGUCCGCCGAUUGCAAGGUCAUCCACGAGUUCAUAGGCGGCUACAUCUUUAUGUCAAUGCGAUCGAAAGAAACGAACCAAACGCUUAAUGAGGAAUUGUUCCACAAGCUGACGGGGGGUUGGAAUUAAUAACACCUUAACAAAAAGGGAAGGGAUGAAUUGAAAAUGUUAAAAUUGUUUUUUUUUUCUAUCGGAGGGUGAAUUUUCGCCACUCGUGUCGAAAAAGAUUCACCUGUGCAGUGUGUAAAUAGUAAAUCUAUGGAAUUUUACCGCUAAGUUAUGAUUCGUCAUGUAAGCAGCUAACAAAGCAGCAAUACGACCUUUCACGAGAGAAAAAUACUUAAUAACAAUAGACCAAAUCAGGGCAUACUGCUGGAAGUCUAUUCUAUUUCGUCAAGACAAUCGACAGCAACACAAAGCGCACAUGUUAACAUGCAAUAAAUAACACGUUCUAAUGCUUCGAAACGCCAAUAAAAAUGCCAAAAGUGUCUUCUGUAGCUUUCUCACGACGAGGUGAAGAAGGUAACAAUUUAGAUGUGCAGCAGUUAAAUGUUUUUAUUACGAUAUCAUGAGUAUAGGUAUUAGAUGUUACAUAAUAGGAAUUUGCAUCGCACAAAUAGUGCUAGAGCAUGAGGUGGGAACGUUUCCUACUUACCCUUGGUUUCGUAGAUUAAAAAAAGCGAGUUGAAAUUAAGUUUUAACAUUUGAAGAAAAAAAAGGUUUACAUCCAAUUCUACCGAGUUGAGAGCCGGUUUGGGCUUCCCAGCGUUAAUUAUAUUCUAACAAAACUCUUAGAGAACUUAACAGCCUUCAUGUAACAAAAUGUGUAUAAUAUAUACGUUGAAUUAAAUUAUACUAAACUGUCCUUUCAAUAAAUAUUUCUUUCAAAACAAAAAACGUUCGCUUCGA